CGGAAGUCCUCGCGCGGGGUAUUGUGGGAGCGGCCCCGGCGUGUCCUUGGCGAAUCCGAGUCACUAUCCCGUGUGUCUCACUCUCCGUGUCUUUCUGUGUCUUUCCCCGUGUCUCUCUCUGUGUCUCUGUGUGUAUUUCUCUCACGUGUCCCUGUCUCUCCGUGUCUCUCUCUCCCCGUGUCUCCCUCUGUCUCACUCUCACGUGUCUCGGUCUCUCUGUGUGUGUGUCUCUCUCACGUGUCCCUGUCUCCCUCUGUCUCUCUCUCACGUGUCUCUCUCUGUCUCUCCGUAUCGAACUCUCCCACGUGUCUCUGUCUCUCCGCGUGUCUCUCGGCGUGCGCUUCCGUCGCUUCGCAUACCACAUCGAGUCUCUUCCCCACACGGUCCCCUCCUAACCACACACCCCACGCGCCCUGCCCGCCGUGUUCUCGUGCCCCCCCUCCCCCCGUGUCUCUCCCCCUCCCGUGCCCCCCCCCCCCCCCCCCGUGUCUCUCCCUCCCCCCGUGUCUCUCCCUCUCGUGUUACCCCCACUCGUCCCUCGGCCCGCGAAGAGGAGAGGGUGAGUCUCAGGAUACUGCGAUGCUGGCCGCGGAGAGCCUCGUCAACCAGAUGGCGGCUGCCGAGCCGUGGCCGGAGAACGCUGCCUUUUACCAGCCGCUGAGAGGUGAGCAGAUUCUGGUAUCGGACGCGGCAUCGUGCCUGGCGGUUCAGGCCUUCCUGCGGAUGUGCAGCCUUCCCGUGUACGUGGUCUACCGGCCCAACGCCGAGCAGAUGUCCCCUUCCGGCAAGGUGCCCUUCAUCCACGUUGGGAACCACGUGGUCUCCGAGUUGGGUCCCAUCGUGCAGUUUGUGAAGGCAAAGGGCCAUUGCCUGAGCAGCAGCCUGGACGAACAGCAGAAGGCAGAGAUGAAGGCCUACAUGGAGCUGGUGAACAAUGUUCUUCUCACCGCCGAGCUCUACAUCCUGUGGUGCGACGACACCACGUGCAAGGAGAUCAGCCGACCACGGUACGGCUCCCCCUACCCCUGGCCUCUCAACCGGCUGCUCGCCUACCAGAAGCAGUGGGAGGUGCGGCGCAAGAUGAAGGCCCUCAGCUGGGCCAGCAAAACCCCGGAGCAGGUGCAUGACGAGGUGAACCAGUGUCUGCGAGCGCUGUCGCUUCGGCUCGGAUCUCAGGCCUACUUCUUCGGCCGCCAGCCGACGGAGCUGGACGCGCUGGUGUUUGGCCACCUCUUCACGCUGCUCACCACGGAGCUGUCGAGCGACACGCUCCCCGAGCUCGUGCGCGCCUACCCCAACCUCGCCGACCUGUGCCAGCGCGUCGAGCGCCAGUACUUCCGCGAGCCUGGCGAUGACACCACCGCCUCCACCGAGGGCUCCAGCGCGUGAGGUCCCCGACGGGGGCCCCGGGGGGGGGGGAACCCGACGGCGGUUGGUUCCCCGUGGCUCGUUGCCGACGGGAAGAGCGAGUGACACCGUGCGCACAGGAGGACGUCUCGUGUUGGCGCGUUUGUUUACACGCCACACUAGGUACUUGUUUCAAGCGUGCGACCAACUAAGGAGAGGCCCUGGACAGGUCGAGAUCUCGCUUUCCGCUGAUAUUGUUCGCUUUGGCCAAGAAUCGAACUUUGGUUGGUGUGCUGUGGUGUGGCAGUGUGUGUGUGUGUGAGUAGUGGUCGUGCAGUGGUUAGCACAGUAUUGGACGUUUGCAACAAACUGAAUUCGAUUAAAACACUGCUUCGGUGGAGAGUGGUGUCUUCAUUUGUCCUGGGCCUCAUCUAGGUUGACUCGGCCUUAAAUGAGUUAACCUGGCAUGGCGUGUAAACACCAGCACGGGAGAGACAAACACGGCCCGUGGUGGUGGUGGUGGCGCUCACCACCGCUACGUGCACAGUGCCAGCUGCGAUGGGUUCUCGCUUAACAGCACUUGCCCCCCACCGUCUGUGAGGCUACACGGGGGAUCUUUGUGUGUGUGUGUGUGCGCGUGUGGGUCUCCUGGGAUGACCCUGCAGCGAGACGCGCGGGGUACUGAUCUGUCUAUGCUUAUACUGGUCCCUCCGUCAACAAUAAACGUUACACUGAUAUUGAACGUCACUUCGCGCCCCAUAUUGAACGAUUCCUCCCAAGUUCAUCGUUACUACCCAUAUUUUAUUAAACUGCCACGUGUUGUUUGUUUGAGUUGGUGGAAACGAGAUUCCAGCCGAGUGCUGGAGAGAGCGAGCGAGCGAGCAUUGCCAUGUUAAUGUGGCGCGCGCCUUGUUUCGUGCUGUUGCUGUGGUGUCUUUCACACGCGUGCACGCGCGUACCGCCAUGUGCCAUGUGUAAAUGUUUGUGCAGGUACACAGGAAACGUGCGGCCGCGAGCGUCGAUUAGCCCAGUUUGAUGAAAGUGAUUUGAUGGGCCAGUGGCGAUUCAUCAGUUGCAAAAAACAACCAGUUCCAGUGAGCUCAUUAUUAUUAUUAAAGACAUCUGCUUCAUUUUCUCCUGCGGGUUUAAUGAGCUGCCUUAUUAAAUUCAAAGAACGAAUUUAGUAUCUUGGAUGAAAAUAAAGAUAUAUUCGAAUGGAGUA